UUCGUUUUUUCGUGGGUUGAAAGGGUUGAUUUUAUUGUUGAAUUAUGAGGGGCGUCGGUCAGCAAUCUGUGGUUGAAACAUCUGCGGUGAAUUGCGAUGGUGACAAGGAGAAGAAGAAGAAGCGCCGAUCUAAUCGCCGAUCCAAGCAAACCCCUCCUGCUUCAGCUUCUUGUGGUUCAGCAGAUGGAAUACAUGUGGAAGCAUCAGAGUACGUGGGAGAUGGUAGAACAUGUAAUCAUGUACCUGCAUCCUUAAGUAAUUCUUCAUCUAAGCAGCAAGGAGUGUACAUGCAUCAUCCAAAUGAGCAUGGAUUAACUGGAGUAUCCGAUGUUGCUUUCUAUUCUAUGCCAUCAAUGCAUAUCAGUGAACAAGUGGACUCAUUGGAGUUGCCAAGCAUACCAAAUCAGUGUGUAUCUGAUUUUGGUAGAAGAGCGUUUUCACAAUCUUGCCCUGAACCACUUGCUUGUGGAGGGUUUCCAGGUACAUUUACAAACAAGGAUCUGUGUCCUUUCCCUCACAUUGAGGGUUCUCAAAAAAUUUUUUUUGAUCCACACUGGUCCGUGGAGGCUGUUAACGAGGCAUUAAAGAAAGGCGAUGCUUUUAGAGCUUUGUUUCGUGUCAAUGCUUACAAUAAACUUGAGGCUUAUUGCAAAAUUGAUGGGGUACCUACAGAUGUUCUAGUUAGUGGAAUUACUGCCCAGAAUAGAGCUGUGGAAGGAGACAUUGUAGUGGUGAAGGUCGAUCCUUUGUCAUUAUGGACCAGGAUGAAAGGGUCAACUGGGUUAUGUAACAAUACCCCACAGGUGGAAGAUUGUAACUUGCUCCUGGAAGAUAGUGAUAUUGCUAAGGAUAGCUAUAAAGGUAAAAGUAAGAUAGAGGCAGAUUGUGAGUAUUUCCAUUAUACAAGUUGCCCCUUUCCUGAGGGGAUAAGGGUCCCAUUCCUUCCUGAGAAGGGGUUUUCUUAUGGGGACGGUUCAACUGUUCACUUUGACCCGAUUAUCCCAGCUAGUUGUAAUAUUGUUGAUGAAAAUUGCCUUACUGCUUCAGAUUCUUCAAAUGUAUAUUCUUCCAGUGGGCAAAAUGAAGUUAGCACUGCAGUGGGGAGGUUGUGUACCUUGAUUAGUUCAUUCCCGUCAAAACGACCAACUGGCAGAAUUGUUGCCGUAAUUGAGAGGUCUCCUCGUAGAGAUGCUAUUGUUGGUCAUCUUAAUGUUAAACAGUGGCUUUCUUACCGCGAGUUUUGCAGAAAAGACGCUAAGAAGAACAAGAGUUCGUUGUCAUUAUCUGAUCGUGAGUAUAUCCACCUGACACCAUCUGAUCCUAAAUUUCCAAAAAUGAUGGUCCUUGUCAAGGGCUUGCCAGACUGUAUCAGGAAAAGAUUGGGGAAGGGUGAUUCAACAGUUGAAAUGGAGCUGGUAGCUGCGCGAAUUGAUGACUGGGAUGAAGAAAGUCUUGUUCCACAAGCACACAUAUUGCAUAUUUUUGGACGGGGCAGUGAAUUAGAGCCCCGGAUCAAUGCAAUUUUAUUUGAAAAUGCAAUUUGUUCAUCUGAAUUUUCUCCUGAAUUACUCUCAAGCCUUCCACACAUUCCUUGGGAGGUGCCACAUGAGGAAUUUCGAAGUAGAAGAGAUCUUAGAAAUGUGUGCAUAUUUACUAUUGACCCGUCCAAUUCAACUGAUCUUGAUGAUGCUCUCUCCAUUGAAAAAUUGUCCAAUGGCAAUUUCAGAGUAGGAAUCCACAUUGCUGAUGUGUCGUAUUUUGUUUUAUCUGGCACAGCUUUAGACAAAGAAGCUCAGAUUCGGUCAGAAAGUGUUUACUUGUUUAAACGUAAAUUACCAAUGUUGCCCCCACUGCUUUCAGAGAAUCUAGGUUCGCUUAAUCCUGGAGUGGAUAGACUUGCAUUUUCUAUUUUCUUGGACAUCAACUAUGCUGGGGAUGUUGUAGAUCGCUGGAUUGGCCGUACUGUGAUACACUCGUGUUGCAAGCUUUCAUAUCAACACGCUCAGGACAUUAUUGAUGGAAUAUUUAAUGUGGAUAGUUCUAAUAUCAUUGAAAAUGGCUAUCCCCUAUUGCAUGGCCAUUUUGAGUGGCCUGAUGUAAUUAGAUCGGUUAAAAGCCUCCAUGAAAUUUCCAAAAUUUUGAAGGAGAAGAGGUUUAGUGAUGGGGCUUUACAGCUGGAAAGCUCCAAAGUUGUUUUUCAAUUUGAUGGCUAUGGUAUUCCUUAUGAUAUUAUGCUUUGUGAACAGAAGGAGUCAAACUUAUUGGUUGAGGAAUUCAUGCUUUUGGUAAAUAGGACAGCUGCCGAAAUCAUAUCUAGAGCUUUCCCUAAUAAUGCAUUACUGCGGAGGCAUCCUGAACCUAAUAUGCGGAAGCUCAGAGAGUUUGAAGCAUUUUGUUGCAAACAUGGUCUGGAAUUGGACACUUCUUCUUCUGGCAGGUUUAAUCAGUCACUAGAGCAAAUCAAGGAAAAGCUCAAGGAUGAUGCUGUGCUGUUUGAUAUUCUUACCUCUUAUGCUUCAAGGCCAAUGCAAUUGGCUACAUACUUUUGUAGUGGAGAUUUAAACGACAGUGAAAAGGAUUGGGGUCAUUAUGCCCUGGCUAUUCCUCUUUAUACUCAUUUUACUUCACCACUGCGUCGGUAUCCUGAUAUUGUAGUGCACCGGACACUGGCUGCAGCCAUAGAAGCUGAGGAGUUGUAUUUGAAGCAUCAAGGAACAUUGCACAAACUGAACAGGGGAGAGGAAGUGGCAAGAAGAUGUUUCACUGGUAUUCAGUUUGAUAGAGAUGCUGCUGAAUCCCCGGAAGGUAAGGAAGCAUUGUCAGUUGCAGCACUAAAGCAUAGAGUUCCCUGCACUGAAUUACUUGCAGAUGUUGCUGCUUAUUGCAAUAAGAGAAAGUUGGCAAGUAGGAAUGUUAAGGAUGCCUGUGAAAAACUCUGCAUGUGGGUCCUGCUAAAGAAAAAUGAGAUUUUAUUUUCAGAAGCAAGAGUAUUGGGUCUUGGGCCAAGAUUCAUGUCCAUUUAUAUUCAAAAGCUAGCUAUGGAGCGACGGAUAUAUUACGAUGAAGUUGAAAGCUUGACAGUAGAAUGGCUUGAGGCUACAUCCACAUUGGUGCUGAAUUUAUGUCCUAACAAACACUCGUCUAGGAGAGGUAGCCCUGGUAGAUGGAAGGCACUUGAAGAUGUUGCAUUUGUUGUAAGACCAUAUGAUUUGGAAGUUGAACUGGGGGUGUUUGGAGGGAGUUCUAAUGAACAAAUAGGAGAUACUGGUUUUGUUGCUCAGAAUCUGGAGCCCGUUUGCAAAUCUGACAUUACAAAUACUGAAGUUGAUCCUGGAGUUUUCCCUCUUACUGUGCAUCUCCUUUCAACAAUUCCUGUAACACUUCAUGCAGUAGGUGGGGAUGAUGGACCCAUUGAUAUUGGGGUGAGGCUGUACAUGAGCUCAUACUUGAGGUAAUUUGGGUGUUUGGAAGUGUCAGACAGAUUAUUGGAACUGAAGGAGACAUAGAGAAGAUGAAGAUAACAGAGCUUUGUAUGGAAUGGGCAAGCUCUGUUGUAGAUACGAAAUUAGUGUAUAGUUCAAAUAGAGUUCUAGAAGGGAAAAUAUUAUGGUUUUAAGUCUGUUGAUGCACUAUGAAUCUUAUGAUAUGCUAAGACAUCUGGUGGUAGGUGUAGAUAACGGUGGAGGUUUUGUUGUGGCUUUUUUUUUAACAGAAGCUGCUUGCUGGAAUAGGCCCUUGUUUUUGUUGGCCAGUUCCAUCCAAUAUUUCUUGGUUACUAUCUACUGUUAUCUGGAGCUUCGAGCUUCAAAGCUGCUGUAUUUUUCUUCUUCCCCUUUUGACUGCAGCCCAAUAGAUUUUUGAUUUUGGGUGGCAAGAUCUAGUAGUACUCAAUCUGGUAUGUUCUUGCAUUUGUUGUAUGUUGUACUGCCAAAACUAGGUGACCGGCUGUUAUUCCCAGUCGAAUAACAUUCAUGUUUUCUUCUUUACUUGACGUGAAAUGGAAGUUCAAUUUAUUAUUCUCUUCUGAA